AUGACUAAAUCUCACCCUGCCGUCGCGCAAGUCUUCUACAUCUCUGGGAUUUUCUACCAAGUAACAGACUCACUUCCGGCCAAUACCUGUACACCUGUGUUCCAAACGCCGCCCUUGUCACAGAAUUCGGAAGCAGAGUCUCGAGGCGCUUCUACAUCAAUGGACCCAACCAAGACCUUGAGAUCCGUCCACCAAAAUCUGCCGCCUUUACACAAAUCAGAAGUACAAUUUCGAGGCCCGUCUACAUCAUUGCAUCCAAUUAACUCCUUAACACUGGAUCAUCACACCCUGCCCGCGUCAUACAAUUCGAAACACCAACUUCAAGGCUGCUCCUCAUCCGCUUGCAACUCUGAACCUACUGCAGGUAACAGUGAAGCUUAUUUGGCACAUGGAAUUCAUAGCGAUUUCCCACACUUAUUCACCAGUAGCUCAGCCAGGACCAUCACAACUAAGAAUCACCAUUUUUGA